AUUUUAGUAAUCCUCUAUGGAUAUGCGAUUCUUCAAUUCACCUCCUCUUGAUGGGAGGAGACAAUAGUGAUAGGGGAUAACCACACUUCAAUUCUUACUCUCGCCGGCGGUCAUGGACUUGGCUGUGCCGUCAUAUUCCCCGCUGUUGUUUCACUGCCACGGACGCCUGCGUUCGGAUACAGUUCGAAAGAAACUAUUGUGUCAAGUGCGUCUAGGUGGAAGGUUCGAACAUUUCUUCGAGGUGGUGAAAAAGGAUGCAACUUUUCUGAAGAAGAAAAUCACCCGUGGUGUCGAUUGGGCAAAUGGAGCUCUUCGUAUUCCCCAGAUUUCAAGAACCCUCGACGACGUUAUCUGGCUCCGCAAUCUCGAGGACCCUCAAGCCCCUCCAUUGCAAGAUCCUUCUUGGCCUCAACCUCACUAUCCUGAACUCUCUGGAGCAGACUUGCUUGUAUCUGAUCUCAAAGCCUUAGAGGCAUAUAUUGGCUAUUUCUACUGUUUGUCUAAGAUGUGGACUAAACCACUCCCUGAGGUGUAUGACUCACAAGAAGUUGCUCAGUAUUUCAAUUGCAGGCCUCAUGUUGUUGCCCUUCGUCUUCUUGAGGUCUUUUUCUCGUUUGCUUCAGCUGCCAUUAGGAUUCGAACCUCUGGCUUCAGAAAUUCGGACAAAAUAAGCAAGGAGAUGAAAUUUGAGGAGGAUGCUUCGAAGUACUACUUUGGCCUGGUGCUGAAAGAAACAUUGUUGGGCCUAGGGCCUACUUUUAUUAAAGUUGGUCAGUCUCUUUCCACUAGGCCAGAUAUAAUUGGUCCUGAAAUUUCAAAGGCAUUGUCCGAGCUGCAUGAUCAAAUUCCACCUUUCCCUAAGGAUCUUGCAAUGAAGAUUGUUGAAGAAGAAUUAGGUUCUCCAGCAGAAACAUUUUUCAGCUAUAUCACAGAGGAACCUGUGGCUGCAGCUUCAUUUGGUCAGGUGUAUAGAUGUCGUACAGUUGAUGGCUUUGAUGUUGCUGUGAAAGUUCAACGUCCUAAUUUACGUCAUGUAGUAGUUAGAGAUGUUUACAUUCUCCGGCUUGGGCUAGGGUUGGUAAAAAAACUAGCAAAGAGGAAAAGCGAUCCUCGACUUUAUGCUGAUGAGCUUGGAAAAGGACUAGUUGGGGAGCUGGAUUACCGUUUAGAAGCUGAGAAUGCUUCAGAAUAUAUGGAAGCUCAUGCUCAAUUUCCCUUCAUUCGGGUUCCAAAAAUUUUUCAGCAUCUAAGUAGUAAAAGAGUCCUCACAAUGGAGUGGAUUAUUGGUGAAAAUCCAAAUGAUUUACUACUCAUGUCUACUGCUGAGUUAUUGGAUCACGGGACUUCAGAGAUGCAUCAGAAGGAAGCUAAGCGACGCCUUCUUGAUCUGGUUACCAAAGGAGUAGAGGCAUCUCUUAUUCAACUCCUUGAGACUGGCCUACUGCAUGCUGAUCCACAUCCUGGGAACUUGCGUUACACAUCAGCUGGAGAAAUAGGGUUUUUGGAUUUUGGAUUGCUCUGUAGGAUGGAAAAGAAGCACCAGUUUGCCAUGCUAGCUUCCAUAGUGCACAUUGUGAAUGGUGAUUGGGGAUCUCUUGUCCAUGCAUUAGCAGACAUGGAUGUAGUGCCACUGGGGACCAAUAUCCGGCUUGUUACCAUGGAUCUGGAGGAUGCUCUGGGAGAGGUAGAGUUUAAAGAUGGAAUUCCUGAUGUAAAAUUUAGCAGGGUUUUGGGUAAAAUUUGGGCCGUAGCAUUCAAGUAUCAUUUCCGCAUGCCACCAUACUACACUUUACUUCUACGCUCUCUUGCCUCCUUAGAAGGACUGGCUGUAGCUGCAGAUCCAACUUUUAAGACAUUUGAGGCUGCAUACCCAUAUGUUGUCCGUAAACUUCUAACUGAUAAUACUGCAGCUACAAGAAGAAUUCUGCAUUCGGCGAUUCUGAACAGAAGGAAAGAAUUUGACUGGCAAAGACUCGGCCUUUUCUUAAGAGUAGGAGCAACCAGGAAAGGAUUGCACCGGGUUCUGACAGUGAGUGAUGAAAUAUCUCUCAAUUACAGAGCAGAUGGAGUACCUGACAACGCAUUUCAAAUUGCAAACUUAGUCCUUCAACUUCUACCAUCUAAAAAUGGAUUUGUGCUUAGGAGGCUUCUAAUGACUGUGGAUGGAGCCUCACUUGUCCAGGCUAUGGUAUCGAAAGAAGCAACCUUCUUCCGGAAAUGGCUCUGCAGGGCCAUAGCCGAUGUACUGUAUCAGUGGAUGGGGGGUGCCAAAAUAUAUUCGCAAAAUACUACUAUUGGGUAUGAAGAGAUCUUACGAGAUAGGCGACUUAAAGUGAUAUUUUUCAAGAUAAUGAGAUCUGUGAGGAAAAAACCUAUGUUGAUGUUGAGGUUAAGCUGGCACUCUUUACUGAUAUUUGUUAAAGCUGUGGCUCUGGCUUGUCAUCGCAUGCUCAUCUCUUUGUCCAAAGCUUACUUGGCUCAAAUAUCAGUUGCUCCUAAACAAUUGGCCAUAAACUAAUCAACUUAUAUAUAUAUAUAUAUAGCAAUUGUACCCGAGUAGUUUAUAUAUGUAUUGAAUCCACCUUGGUGGUUAGGUAUAGUAGAAUUAUUAUUGUUUUUUAUUCAUGUAAUAAUCUCAAUUAUUUUAGUAUAUAGAGAAUGUGUGGUUUAUAGUUGUAAUUUUUUUUUCUGUUGUUUAUAGAAUAUAGCAGCCCAAAUGUUUCUAA